GCGCGCCACGGCCGCCCCGGCAUGCCGCGCAACGCCGCAUUGCCUACCGCGCAAACUCCCCGGAGCACCACCUCCAAUCGGAGUCUCGAAUCCAGGAAUCCAGUGGGCGCUCAAGUACGGGAAGCUAGUCUAAGAGGGGGGGUGCCAUGGAAGUUGUCGCUCCGGCCCAGCACGACGCCCUGCACGCGGCGUUUGGCCCCAAGCCCUUUGGCGGCAUCGGCGGAGACGGGCGGUUCUCCUCCAGCCUCUCCUCGCUCGGCGGCGAUCGCUUCUUCGGCUACUCCACCACCACCGCUUCCUCCUGCUUCGGCAACAGCCCCGGGCUCUCCUCGCCGUCGCCGCGCGCCGCCUCGCUGUCCCGCGGCUCCUCCGAAUCCGGCUCCGUCGUCGACGACGGGGACGACGCGGCGGACGCCGCCACCGUCGCGGAGCGCCGCCUCCGCCUCGCGCGCCUCGCGCUCCAGUACCAGGAGGUGGUCAACCGCUUCGAGCUCUGUCUCUCGUACCUCGCCGACGCCAGCAACGAGGCGGCCGCGCUCCGCCGGGAGAACGAUGAGCUCCGCGUCGCCAACGAGGACCUCGCCCGCCGCAUCGAAGUGGUCGGCUGCAAGCUCGUCGACGAGUUCAGCAGUCUCCGCCUCGCCGAGGAGCACGCCACGCCACCACCACCACCACCUCCUCCUCCGUCACCGCUGCCCGUCGCUCCGGUGAUGCCGAAGAGCAUCUCCAUCCGCUCGCCCGGCUACCUCAAGAUGAACCAGAACGGCAAGCAUCGGGCGUCCAAGCCAACGAAGGUCUCGCAGCGCGUGUUCGUGGGCAUGGACGGCGGCGUGAAGGGGGAGGAGGAGCGCAAGGGUGUGGAGGAGAAGAAGCUCAACGGCGGGCUGGAGUUCGAGGUGUACAACCAGGGCAUGCUGAAGACGGAGCUGUGCAACAAGUGGGAGGAGACCGGCGCGUGCCCCUACGGUGACCAGUGCCAGUUCGCGCACGGCAUCGGCGAGCUCCGCCCCGUGAUUCGCCAUCCGCGCUACAAGACCCAGGUCUGCCGCAUGGUGCUCGCUGGCGUCGUCUGCCCCUACGGCCACCGCUGCCACUUCCGCCACUCAGUCACCCCUGCCGAUCUCUUCCUCCCGCGCCCCUGAUUAUGUCAGUCCAUCACCCACUGCCGCUCUAUCGCCCGCUUCCACCCUCUCCAACUCUACUUCAGUAUGCGGUAAUGCCAUUGUCACAGUCUUCAGAACACCAAUGUCUGAUUAGAUGUGAGGCACAAAAGGAGAGCCGUAAAUAAGGUAUAGAUAGAUACACGAGAUAGAAAACCAAAUUGGUCUGCAUAAUUAGCACACAGGCAAGAUGUGAAUAUAGAGUUCUAGACACCGAGGUGUUCAUAUGGGGUUGAUUGGGCAAUCAAACUCAAAUAUGUGAGUUAUGUUGGGAUUAUUGUAUUUGCCGUAUGGUUUAUUAUACGCGGUAUAGGUUAUGAUGUUCUGCCUAGUUGCAUUUUGUUAUGGGCAAAUUAAAUGAUAAAUUGGUGAACUCCUGUAAGUAAACUAAGUAAAGGCUGUUAUCUGAAUCUCUCUCUGUUGUGUUGAACACUUGGCAAGUGCAAGUGCCUUCAGUUGUAUUGUUUCUGAACAAUUGAAGCAAAUGAAUUCUAUUUUUCGCGGUACA